AUCACUCAGAAUUACAACUGCUAUGAAUUUCAGGACCGCCUCUUUUUCGUCAUGGAGUAUGUCAAUGGGGGAGACCUAAUGUUUCAGAUUCAACGUUCGCGCAAAUUUGAUGAGCCUCGUUCCCGCUUCUAUGCAGCAGAAGUCACAUCAGCUCUCAUGUUUCUCCAUCAACAUGGCGUCAUCUACAGGGACCUGAAACUGGACAAUAUUCUUCUGGAUGCAGAAGGUCACUGUAAACUGGCUGACUUUGGAAUGUGUAAAGAAGGGAUCUUGAAUGGAGUAACUACUACUACCUUUUGUGGAACACCAGAUUACAUUGCUCCAGAGAUCCUCCAAGAGUUAGAAUAUGGUCCUUCUGUGGAUUGGUGGGCUCUGGGGGUUCUUAUGUAUGAAAUGAUGGCUGGUCAACCUCCCUUUGAAGCUGAUAAUGAAGAUGAUCUUUUUGAAUCCAUUCUUCAUGACGAUGUGUUAUAUCCAGUGUGGCUUAGCAAAGAAGCUGUUAGCAUUUUGAAAGCUUUCAUGACAAAGAAUCCAAAUAAACGACUUGGUUGUGUGGCAUCACAGAAUGGCGAGGAUGCCAUUAAACAGCACGCAUUCUUCAAGGAAAUUGACUGGGUUCUUCUAGAACAACGGAAAAUCAAACCACCCUUCAAACCUCGUAUUAAAACCAAAAGGGAUGUAAAUAACUUUGAUCAAGACUUUACACGAGAAGAUCCAGUACUAACGCCGGUGGAUGACACAAUUAUAAAGCAAAUCAACCAAGAGGAAUUUAAAGGCUUCUCAUAUUUUGGAGAAGAACUGUUGCCGUAAGACCCCAGUGGGACCAGUCAGUGACUGACUUCGAAAGACAUGGUCCUAAAUAGGCCCUCCAGUUAUUAUUUCUCUGACAUUGAGCCUAUGUCCCCCACUUUAUACUUUGAUCUGGAGGCACUCAUAAUUUAUAUGUCACAAAGCAAUGCAAAAUAUUUUGUAUUAGAAAUUGUAAAGGUAACACAUUGCUGUUAUUGCUUCUUUUCUAUUUAAGAAUUUUCUUUUAUUCCUCAUAUAUCCCAGGAAGACUUUGUAUUUUUUUUCCCCAUCAAGAUCAAU